CCUCUCUUCUUUGAAAAACAUCAGCCAACUCUGAUUCUUUGUCUUCCUUCAUCAUUUUCCGUUGAUCUUCCUUGCCGUUUUCUUCUCUUCUCUUCUUCUUAGUGAGUGCCGUCGUUUCAGAUACGUUUUUUAGUAUCACAUUCUACACUCUCCACACCCUCAAGAACGCAGCUACCUUUUGUUGAUCGGACCUAUAGGCCAAAGGUUCCGCCGUUGAAGCAGAAUGGGAGGUAAGAAGCAAAAUAAGAAGAAAAUUCUUGAGAAGGAGAUGAAAGAAUCUUCCACAUUUUCAAAUUACAGCGUACCUGCAAGAAAUCUUAGAAAAGAUGAUCUCGGUUCUGUAAUAUUUGGUUGCAAGUACAAUACAAUCAACGAAUGCCUUACAAAUCACUUGUUUGGUUUGCCAGCCACCCAUUUCUCAUACAUUAAAAACAUAAAGGAAGGGCUUGUUCUAUUUCUGUUCAACUAUAGUGAUCGAAAGCUUCAUGGAGUAUUUGAAGCUGCAAGUCCUGGUUCAAUGAACAUUAAUAAGUAUGCAUGGGUUGCUGAUACAGAGGAUUGUGGAUACACACAUUAUCCAGCACAGGUCCGUGUUCGUGUAAGACAACAAUGUCAUCCGUUGUCUGAAAACCAGUUUAAGCCAGUUAUAGCUGAUAACUACUAUGAAGAUAAACACUUCUACUUUGAGUUGGAUCAUCAUCAAACAAAGAAGCUAAUGUCACUAUUUACACCAUCCCCUGUGAAUCCUUCUGCUUCUUCUUCUUCUUCUUCUUCUUCUUCACAAAUUGCUACAAGAAAUAGCUUCCCAUUAAGACAACCAAACAAUUUUAAGAACAUGAAUCAGACCUCGGGAUCUUCAUAUGCUUCUGUUGUCGGCCAACAUGCUACUCCCAUCAUCACCAGUUCAACAUGGAGUGCACUGUUUAAAGCUGAAGCAAGUAUUGAAAAUGAAAACGAGAGUGAUAAUGUGGUUGCAAGAAACCAUGAUGAGUGGCCAAAGGAUGAAGAUAAGAGUAAUGUUAUGCAUGCAAACACUUGGGAUGAUGAUGUUGGGUGUGUUCAGACACAGGAAUCAGAUUGGGGUUAUGAAGGAAAUGCCAUUAAAGACGAGUGGCAAAACGAAGAAGAUGAAGUGUUGUCAACAAACAGUUGGGAAGAAACCAAGCUCACUCACACUGCCAUAGAUGAAGCUCAAUGUGUCCGGACAACUUUUGUAUCAGAGUUGAAUCCUCCUGAUACAAACACCAACAAAGACGAGUUGCCAUCUUCUUCAUCUCAAUUGUUAGAUGACAAUCCUGAUCACCAGCUGCCAUUGUUUAGUAAGGAAAGUGAGACCAAUGUAGAAGAAAAUGAUGUAAAAGAGAAUUCUUUAGUGCCAGUUACAGAUUUAGAGAAUUCUUCUUCUAAUCUUGAGUCGUUGGUUGCCAAGUUGUUGAAAGAAGUUGAAGAGCUGAAGGGAUCACAUUUGAAGCAGGUCACAAACAUCAAUCGGCUAGAACAAGAACUGGUACGUAACAAUUAUAAAAAAAUUCUUAUUUAUUUUAUUUGUUGUAUUUCUAUAACUUUAUGUGAUUUGGAUGUUCAGGAUAAAUCAAAACAAGAAACCCAGCAGCUUAAAAACAGGAUUGAUGUUUUGGAGUCUGGAUCUGUUGAAGAAAGCAAGAAUGAUUCAAACAUUCUGAACUCGGUGCUGAUUGUUGGGGGAUUUGAUGGUUGUCUAUGGUUGCCAUGUCUGGAUUCAUAUUACCCAUCUUAUGAUAUUAGAAUCCCACUCGCCCCAAUGAAUGUUGUAAAGAAAUACGGAUCAGCAGCCACCAUGAAUGGUGAACUUUACCAUUUUGGUGGCAUAAAUCCUAUCGUUGAAUCAUACAGCCCAACAAGUAAUCAGUGGGUUUUAAGACCACCUUUGUAUUGGAGCAACAUCCAUGUUGCUGGUGCUUCAGUCAACAACAAGCUUUUUGUGGCUGGUGGGAACAAAGAAAGCCACUUUUCAUCUGAGGUGGAAUAUCUGGAUCUCAACUAUGGGAAAUGGCUCCCUGUUCGUUCCAUGAAUAGCAAGAGGUCUGGUCCAGCAGCAGCAGAACUCAACAAUGCACUGUAUGUUACUGGUGGGUUUGAUGGACAAUCUUAUUCAAGUUCUGUUGAAAUGCUUGAUCCACGUGAACAAAAGUGGUCAACACUUCCGGAUAUGAAGAAAAUGAAGGGUUGCCAUUCCAUGGUUGUACUCAAUGAGAAACUAUAUACGGUUGGAGGAUAUGAUGGAGAAAAGUAUUUAAAGACAGUUGAAUGUUUUGAUACUCGAAUGGGUUGUUGGGUGGAGUGUGCACCAAUGAACGUUUGUAGAGGCAAUUUUGGUGCUUUUGUGAUUGGAGAAAAACUGUACGCAGUUGGAGGAUCCACGGACAACAAUAAAAUUUUGGAGAUUGUGGAGUGUUACAAAGAAGGAAGUGGUUGGGAGGUUUGUGAUGUAAAAGCAAUUGGGAAAAGAAGUCACUUUUCAGCGAUUGUGAUGUGAAUUUGAGUUUUAUUAACAGAAUAGUGAGAUACUAGAGGUAUAGUGUUGACUUUUGUUCCUACUUCACACGUGUCUGAUCUGGAUUGGUUAGUGAUCGUUUUGCAUGGCUACCUGUGUACAUCGGGAAAAACAAAACUAUGAAAAUGUAUGUUUUGUUUUAUUAAUUUUACAGCCAUUGAUAUCA